AUGAGGCUGGCAGGUGUCUUCCUGCUGGUGACCUUCGGUGUUUGUAGUUACUCUAGUAAUGCCUUCCUCCUAAACAGUUUGCCCCUUCCUGUUCACGAAGUGUUGCCUGUGUUUCCAGAUGUUCUUGCCUUGGACCCAUUAAAGCGCCUUCUGCAAACUCUGGGCAUUUCUGCUGAACACCUUGUGGAGGGACAGAAGUGUGUGAAUGAACUGGGGCCCGAGGCUUCUGAAGCUGUGAAUCAACUACUGGAAGCCCUAUCACACUUGUGA